GAGCCGCAGAGGAAAUAUGUAAACAUAUUUGACAGAACAAUUUAACUACAGAAAUCAGUCAAGUUAUAAAAAAGUAGUUUUUAUCUAUAAAUUUAGUUAUAAAAUAAAACAAAUGUUUUAUAAAACGUUCAGAAUUAAAAAUGCUUUUCCAAUAAAGUAUUAAACGUGUUAUAUUGAUUAGGGUGUGCUUGUAAGAGUUUGUAAAAUCCACUAUUUGCUUGGUGUUCGCGAAUUCUAUCUAUAUCACUACAUUUGAAUUAUUUUAAAAUGGAUACUGCUGUUCUUGUAAAUAUUGAUAACUUCGUGCAACCACAAAAGCCAUUAGUCGCUCAUCAGAUGUAUGUGACCGAGAUUCCAGACAUGAUUGCCGUAGAGACCAGAUUCAUAACACGUCAAAUGGCUGAAGAGGAGGAAAUGUUGCUAACACAAACGCUGAUACUCUCUGAAAACUCUGACACGGAAUAUAAUCCAAACGAGGCUUUCAAUAUUUCUUAUAAAACCAAAGAAGCGAGUGUUAUGGCAAUUGUCGAUGUUGCACAUAAGUGUGUUGAGACUAAUAGUCGUAACCCACUGCGAGAUCGAGAACAACAGACCGUUCGGGCGUUUAAUCAACAAGAUAUAGGCAUCCAAUGUGAUUUGGAGAAUGACAUAAACAGUGAUAUAAUGCUAAUGGAAAUAAACCCACUGGAGGAAUGCGAUACCAAUGAAUAUCACUUAUUUUUAGAUUUUGUGGAAAAAAAUACCUAUCUAUAUAGUAACAACAAAAAAGAGUGCAUAGUGUGUGGUGAAAUUUGUGCUAAUUCAAAACAAACACUAACACAUAUGGCGACACAUUGGGGCCCACCGGCACUUUGUGAACUUUGUGGCCAACAGUUUGAAAACGCAAACAUUUUAAUAACGCAUCGAUGUGACAACAAGGAAACUAAGAAAAAGAUGAAGAGUAGUUGUCUACAAUGCCCGUUAUAUUCUUGUGGAUUAAUUGUAAGAUCGAAAAUUGAUUUAUUUCAUCAUAUUAAUGAGCACUUAGAUAUGCCUACUUACCGUUGUUUGUGUUGUAAACUGAAGUUUAAAAGCAGGAAAGCGCUACGACAGCACUCCCUAGUACAAAAGACAUGCCUGCCAAAGUUCUGGCGUUUACCAUUGUUACAAUAUUUAAACAAAUCUAAAAAAAGUAAACUUCUCCGAAGACGUAAUCAACAACCAUUACGACUGUAUUUUAGUGAAAAGUUACGCUGUCAAAUUUGCUUACUUAAAUGUUUAAACGUGUCUUUAUUUGCAAAGCACCGUAAAAGAUGUAUAAAAAGGUUUAUAGAAAGACUAGAAAAGGUGAAAUAGACAGUGGUGACUUAGGGGGAAUGAAGCUAGUCAUCAUCCGGCUAUGAUAUUUAAAUUAAAUUAAUUUAUAGAUAAUUGUAGGUAUUUAUUCAAUAAAAUUAAGUAACUUUAACAA